AUGGCUGUGGGCUCCCCGCUGCGAGGCUGCCUCGCCAGGCUGCUGGCGCUGCUCCUGGCGCUCUCCCUAGCGGCCGCCCAGGGCCAGCCUUUCUCCCGCAAUGCGCUCUACGGCGUCACCUAUGCCCCCUUCAACCUCGAUCUGGACUCCAUCUGCCUGCCCACCGCCAGAGUCACGGAGGACAUGGCGAUCAUCGCCGAGGUGGCCGAUCGAGUGAGGCUGUACAACGUCGCGGUGUGCCCCGAGGCCACGGACGCCGUCCUGGAUUUCGCGGCCGAGAAUGGGAUGCGGGUGGUUCUUGGGCUGUUCAUCUCCAACGACACCGCCCUGAACAUGGCCGAGAUGGGCGCGGUCGUGCCCCUGCUCGAGGCUUACGGCGCCAUUGUCGACGCCGUGGUAGUUGGAAACGAAGCGGUGUUUGUUGGGGGGGUGGAUCCCUUCGUAUUGGUCUCCUAUGUAGAAGACACCAGGAAGGCCCUGCGUGAGAGUGGGUUCCAGCACCCAGUGUCGACAGCAGAAGUGUGGCCAAUCUUCGAAUCCCCAAUCGGGCCCACCAUUGCGAAUGCCAGUGACUUUAUCUGCUUGCAAAUGCAACCAUACUGGGAAGGCUGGGAUGUUGUGUGCCCAGAAAACACACCGUUUGAGUGCCUGGGUGCUGGCGAGUACGUCCAUGCCAAGGCUGCUGGUCUGGAAAGACUGUUUGGAAAGCAGGUGUGGGCAUGCGAGAGUGGCUGGCCAACCGAGGGGGAGCGUUGCUGCCAAGGCAGUCGUGACAAUGCCCGCGAUGGCCUCUUGGCAGGCCCGAGCGUGGAGAACGCCACUAUCUUCAUGAGCGAUUUCGUGAGGGCCGCGCGCCAAGAAGGGAGGCCCUUUUUCUACCACACAGUAUUUGAUGGCGAAUGGAAAAGGAUCUGGGCACCUUGCAUGGAGUGCAAGGGUUUGGAUACGCAGCUGACGAAUCCCAUGUGCAAUACUUGCGAGGUGGACUAUCACUGGGGAUUCUACGACUUUACCCGUAAUCCCAAGCCAGGGUUCACCCUCGUGCCAGCUCCGUAG